AUGUCAGGUCGCGGAAAACAAGGAGGCAAAGCUCGCGCUAAAGCUAAGACCCGAUCUUCGAGAGCCGGCCUACAGUUCCCCGUCGGCCGGGUGCACCGCCUACUCCGCAAAGGGAACUACUCGGAGCGGGUAGGUGCCGGCGCUCCGGUGUACCUCGCAGCGGUGCUGGAGUACCUGACCGCUGAGAUUCUGGAGUUGGCCGGCAACGCCGCCCGCGACAACAAAAAGACCCGCAUUAUCCCGCGCCACCUGCAGCUAGCUAUCCGCAAUGACGAGGAGCUCAACAAGCUUCUGGGCCGCGUGACCAUCGCUCAGGGCGGCGUCCUGCCAAACAUCCAGGCUGUGUUGCUGCCCAAGAAGACUGAGAGCCACCACAAAGCCAAGGGCAAGUAA